UCCAGUGUGCAGCUCAGCGAGUUUGGAUCCUGAAAUCAUGAGCCAGUGCCCCUUUGCGGGGAAGAAUUACCUAUUUAAUUUUAGCAAGCUAUCUUUGGAAGAUGACAAUGAUGACAAAUCUCAAGAAGGAGUAAAUAAAGCCAGCAAAGGUGGGCUUAUCUAUGGAGAAUACCUACAACUGAACAAAAUAUUGAAUGCUCAAGAACUUGAGAGUGAGAAGAAAGGGAAAAAAAUCCAUGAUGAGCAUCUUUUCAUUGUGACACAUCAAGCAUAUGAACUUUGGUUUAAGCAGAUUUUGUGGGAAAUGGACUCUGUGCGAGUGAUCUUUCAAAAUGGUCAUGUAAGAGAUGAGAGGAACAUGCUGAAGGUUAUUACUCGAAUGAACAGAAUUUCACUGAUUCUGAAAUUACUUGUGGAACAGUUCUCAGUUUUGGAAACUAUGACUGCAUUGGACUUCUUUGAUUUCAGAUACUACCUAAGCCCAGCCUCAGGUUUUCAGAGCCUGCAGUUUCGCUUGCUAGAGAACAAGAUUGGUGUUCCCCAAAGCCUGAGAGUCCCUUAUAACAGAAGGCAUUACCGUGAUAACUUCAAGGGACAGGAUCAUGAACUACUGCUUCAAUCAGAGCAAGAACCAACACUGCUGCAACUUGUGGAGGCAUGGCUGGAAAGAACUCCAGGACUUGAUUCAGAAGAAUUUGAUUUCUGGGGACAAUUUGAAGAGAAUGUUUUAAAAGGCCUAGAAGAGGAGUUUGCCUUGAUACAGGCCAAAGCAGAAUCAGAAGAAAAAGAUGACUUAUUGUCUGAAUUCCAAAAACAGAGAGACGUAUUACUUUCAUUAUUUGAUGAAAAACGCCAUGAACAUCUGCUCAGUAAAGGAGAGAGACGGCUGUCCUACAAAGCACUGAAGGGGGCCUUGAUGAUCUACUUCUACAGGGAGGAGCCUCGUUUCCAGGUUCCCUUUCAGCUCCUCACCUCCCUUAUGGAUCUCGAUGUGCUCAUGACUAAAUGGAGAUAUAACCAUGUCUGUUUGGUGCACAGAAUGAUUGGUGGCAAGGCUGGCACUGGAGGCUCAUCAGGCUACCACUACUUGCGCUCAACAGUGAGUGACAGAUACAAGGUUUUUGUGGAUUUGUUCAAUCUUUCAACAUUUUUAGUCCCAAGACAUUGGAUACCAAAGAUGAACCCAAGCAUUCAUAAAUUCCUUUACACAGCAGAAUACUGUGACAGCUCCUACUUCAGCAGUGAUGACUCUGACUAGCAUGCCUUUCUAGGCUGUUGCUGUAAAGAACUUUCUGACUUUCACCUUCAGUGGUGCUCCCAGCAAAGAGUGUGGGUGUGUAAAUAUGUAUUUAUGUAUGACAGCCUUGUGAAUAGUACAAUUGGCCUGUGGAAGAAAUUAACUGCUUGUAGAAAAAAUAAAUCUGGAUUGAGUUAGUCUAUGUUAAGAGUAAAAUGAUACCCCAAUUCAAUCCAAUGACCAAUUUAACUCUUGGCUGGCUUCUUAAAGCCCGCACCUAGAGAAAAGGACAAAAUUACUUGCAGUUAUGAUCACAACUUAUUUGUACAUAUUUUUAUAUUUGCUUGUUUGCCUAAUGGUUGUUACUAAUUUAUGUCUAGUUGAGGAUAUAAUUAGUCUCAUCACCUUCAGAAGAAUAUUAGUUUCUGAGCUCUAGUGCAAUUUCAAAAGGAUUUUAGGGUUAAAAGUUUUGAAAGCUGGAUUCAAAAAUUAAGUCCUGAAUCUACAGAAACCAAACCAUCCUGAACUUACAAUACAUCAAGAAUCAUGUUGCUAUCCCGUUACAUGUGAAUGUAAAUCCCUUAUGUAUAAAUACUGUUAAAAAUAGCAGAUAUAAGUACUUACUUGGCAUUCCAAAUAAAGCAGUAUUAAAGCUCAUCUUUUGUUAAAUCUUCUAAAGCAAAUGAUAAAGUUCAAACAAGAGUAUGAUAGGUAUUUAAAGUGAUUUUUAUUCAUAUUGGUAUACAAUAAAAGGCAACUUUGGCUAUAGAAUAUCAAUAAAGCAGUGUCAUCUUCUCAUUAAAUGGACUUUUGUCUUUUUAAGUGCUUCCUUUGGAAAGACACAAACACUGUAGGCUGGAAUUUCUGGUAAGUUCCCUCUACCACAGCACUUCAAGUACUAAUACCUGGCAGUUGCACCUCAAAAACACUGGAGGCACGUCUGUGUUUCAUAUUGCUAUGACUACAUUACUCCUAUCCAUGGCCAUUAGGGACUUUGUUUUCCAGUUAUGGAAGUGUGGUAUCUGUUGUUUGUAAGCCACUCAGGGAAGGC